CCCCCAAAAAAAAAAAACACAAAAGAGAAACAUUCUGCUAUUUUGGGAUUUCUUCGCGCGUCUUCUGAGUAGAGGUGCUGCGGCAACUAUGAACCACAAAUGAAUUUCGGUUCUUUGGGCUGAUCAGAUCAGGCAUCAGUAUAGCUUUACUAUUUGUUAGGCGGCUUUCGGGAUUCUCCUUCUCAAGGGAACGCUAUGCCGGAAAUAUGUUUCUGAGUUUCUCACGAACGUGAAUUUGAAUGAGGAAGUUUUAACUUGAUGACGCGCCAAUUAAAGUUUCUAUUUUUAAAGGCCGUACAUUCCAGUGAGUCAUUGACAUUGGGCUGAAGUCAGUGGUUGAGAUUUUAGUGGAUGGAAUGAAGCUUCAAAGAUGGCUUGCAAGUGUUUUGUUCUUCACUUUUACAAUUUUAAGCUGCGCAUCAGGUGCGUUUGUGGGAAUAAACAUUGGAACUGAUGUUUCUAGCCUGCCAUCAGCUGCAGAUGUGGUUGCUAUUCUUAAAGCCCAUCAAAUUACUCACGUGCGCCUUUAUGAUGCCAACACUCACAUGCUGCAAGCUCUUGCAAAAUCUGGCAUUGAAGUAAUUGUCGGCCUCACAAAUGAGGAGUUACUAGGGAUUGGAGAAUCUCCAUCAGUAGCUGCAGCCUGGGUCAAUAAAAAUGUAGCAGCUUAUGUGCCUUCCACCAAUAUCACAACCAUUGCUGUUGGCAGUGAGGUUCUUACCCAAAUCCCAAAUGUUGCCCCUGUUUUAGUUCCUGCUAUGAAUUAUCUUCACAGAGCCCUGGUUGCUGCAAACCUUAACUUUCGAGUCAAAGUUUCAACUCCACAGUCCAUGGACAUAAUACCUAGGCCUUUUCCUCCUUCCACCGCCACUUUUAAUUCUUCUAUGAACGCUACAAUCUACCAACUCCUUCAGUUUUUGAAGAACACAAACUCCUCGUACAUGUUGAAUGCUUAUCCUUAUUAUGGAUACACCAAGGGGGAUGGUAUUUUCCCAAUUGAAUAUGCUCUUUUUCAACCACUUCCUUCAGUCAAGCAAAUUGUUGAUCCAAACACUCUGUUCCAUUAUAACAGCAUGUUUGAUGCUAUGGUGGAUGCUACCUAUUAUUCUUUAGAUGCUUUCCAUUUCUCGAAUAUCCCAAUUAUUGUCACAGAGACUGGUUGGCCAUCAUUUGGCGGAUCUAAUGAACCAGAUGCUACUGUGGAAAAUGCUGAAACCUACAAUAAUAAUUUGAUUCGACGAGUUCUAAAUGGUUCUGGUCCACCUAGUCAGCCACAUAUAGCCAUUAAUGCGUACAUAUAUGAAUUGUUUAAUGAAGACAAGAGGAAUGGGCCUAUAUCAGAAAAAAACUGGGGCAUUCUUAAUACUAAUGGAACCGCUGUCUAUCCUUUGAGUUUAAGUGGAUCAAGUCAAAUUACUGGAAAUUCUUCAGCAGUCUUUUGUGUUGCUAAAGAUGGCGCAGAUUCUGAUAAGCUGCAAACAGGUCUGAACUGGGCUUGUGGACAAGGCCAAGCUAACUGUGCGGCUAUUCAAGCAGGGAAGCCAUGUUACUUGCCUAAUAAUGUAAAAAGCCAUGCUUCUUAUGCUUAUAAUGAUUAUUAUCAGAAAAUGCGUGCUACUGGUGGAACUUGUGACUUUGAUGGUACAGCUACAACAACUACUGUGGAUCCUAGUUAUGGCUCCUGUAGAUACACAGGAAGUUCGAACUCAAGUGCAACAGGGGGGAGUUUUCCUCCUUUAUCACUGGGCCCCGAAAGCGCUGUAGGAGGAAGUUGGAGCCUGCAAGUAUCCAUGCUUCAGUAUCUGAUAUCUAGUGUAAUUUUUUGCAUUGGUGUUGCAAUGACCUGAAGGUUCUCGGUUUAAAAAUUUAGUUUGAUGAUUCAUGGAAUGAAAGCGGUGAUCAAUUUUGUGUCGAUUUCUUCUUAUCAUUUCCCACUAUUCCAUUUGUCAUCCUGGUUGGGAGGUUAGGAUCUUUGUAAUUUACAGACCAAAGUGGUUUAGUUGCGGAGCGUGAAACUGAGGCCUUGAAGAAGGCAUAAAACAAUGGGGGAUGUAGGGGCGGCAAUUUUAGAUUCCAUUUUACUUGAUUAGAUUCGAAUCUUAAGAUUGACUUUGUUCAGAACUGUUCUUUUCCCGGAAGGUUUAUUGUUGGAUGGUUCUGUCACUGUAA